AUGUUCCAGCUGUGAUCGACAGAUGUCGAUGGCGUCGCUGCAUACACCUACUUCCGUUGAAUCGGUGACGUCAGAGUGAACCAUCUCUCCUACAUCGCCUGAUGUGUGUCUGUGACUGUGACAUAAAACGCCAAUAAAAUGCUUAUUAAAGAGUUUCGUGUGACGCUUCCCUUGACCGUGGAAGAGUACCAAGUGGCUCAGCUGUACUCGGUCGCAGAGGCCAGCAAGAACAACACAGGCGGCGGCGAGGGCAUCGAAGUUCUCCGCAACGAACCCUUCGACAACCACCCUCUCCUCAAUGGCCAAUAUAGCCAGGGCCAGUACACUUACAAGAUUUAUCAUCUAGCAAGUAAAGUGCCGAAAUUUAUCAGGUUGUUGGCACCCAAGGGAUCUCUAGAAGUUCACGAGGAGGCAUGGAACGCUUAUCCUUACUGCAGGACAGUGAUUACUAAUCCAGGUUACAUGAAGGAGAACUUUAAAAUUGUGAUAGAGACAAUGCACCGCGACGAUGUUGGCGACCAGCACAAUGUGCACCAGCUGCCCGAGGACAGAUUAAAGCAACGCGAAGUGGUCCACAUUGACAUUGCUCACGAUCCCGUUCAGCCAUCAGACUACAAGGCGGACGAGGACCCAACGAAGUUCAAGUCGGAAAAGACGGGUCGAGGUCCUCUCGUAACCAAAACCUGGAAGAACGAGGUCACUCCUGUUAUGACUUGUUACAAGCUUGUCACUGCCGAGUUCAAGUGGUUCGGACUUCAAGGGCGAGUCGAAAGUUUUAUCCAAAAGUCGGAGAGAAGACUUUUCACUAAUUUCCAUAGACAAGUGUUCUGUUGGAUGGACCGCUGGCAUGGUCUCACCAUGGAUGAUAUCCGUGCAAUCGAAGAUGAAACGAAGAAGGAGUUGGACCAGCAACGCAACGUGGGUGAAGUUCGAGGAAUGAAGGCUGAAACUGACUAAGCCAACUGCUGUGACUCCAUCCUUCUGCCCAUCACCCCUGUUUAGCUCGUGCGUCCCCUUAGGAGGGCGAUGAAAUUGUUCUGUAUGUAUGUGCAGCCGCCUUUCCCCAAGAAAAAAAAGAAAUUGCGAUAAGAAGAGAGUCUGCACUUGCCCAGUCCCUUGUAGUUGAUUCACUGCAAUCUAUGUCAUUGAGUGCUUGAACAAGUGCAAGCUACACUACACACACACACAAAAUUGUUUUCUCUUACAUGCCGUCGAUUACUUGGAAGAAUGUAGGGAGAAGUGUCGUUCCUCGAUUACAUUUUACUAGUCACUGGCUAUUUUCUCUUUUUAAAAAUUCGUUCGCAAGUUGUAAUCGUUCAUAAAACCAUGUACACUGGAGAGGAUGUCAUGAACCAAAAUCUUUGCCCCAAGUUAGCAAUGUUGCUCAUUAACUCUCGAAUGUAAACGAAUAAUCUAUAGUUUAUAUCAUCCAGUGUAUGAUCAAAAAAUAUCGAGUGGCUAGAAAUAUAAUGUGCUUUUUAUGAUUCCGUUACGGUGUAAUCAAUUGAUAGGUUUAAUAAUGUGUUUAAUGCUUACGCUGCAUUUCAUUUUUAUAAAAUGAAAGUUUCCUAACACGAUGAGUGGUUGACAUGUCCGCAGGUGUCAAUUAACGCAAUGAAAUUAUUUUUUGAACUCGGCUACGGAACACGAUUGUUAUUGUUUUUUUAUGACACUAAUACACCAUACACACAGAGUUUUGAUCACAAUCAUUAAUUAAAUCGUCAGCCAUAAUACAUAUGUAACAAUGCAACUACCUUGUUUUGUUUUAUUUUCUUGCUCUUAUGAUUUGAGUUCUUGCCACCGGCGCCGGUGAAAUGAUCUCACGAAACAGCUCAUCCUCGCAGUCUUAUCCUUAAGAUAAAUCAACCGAUUUUGAAUGCCAAAAUAAUGGAUUCGGGCUAGCAGUGCCAAAAAUCGGACAAGCAAUUUCCAUUUAUUCGCCAGCACUGUUUUCUCGAGAUGCAAACGUGGACCGCGUGAAUGUCGAAUGUUAUCUGAUGCCCCCGCCCCGUGUUGUCCACCGCAUGCUCCCGUGUAUGUCGUCAAAAUAGUCAAUUUAGGUGUUGCAAUAACAAAAGAGCGGUCUGUUCUUUUGCCGCGCGUUGAUCUGCAAUGAGUGGUGAUCGAGACACAUACAUAUUAUAUUAUUAUGUAUCAAAUUAAAUUAAAUUUAGUAGUCUGCGAAACCUUUGAAAUGCCUGUUAGAGUUAUUGUGUUAAAAUCUCGUUGUUGAAUGUUUUCGAUCAAAGUAUAAACGGAAUGAAUAUUUUUUGUUUGGGACUACGAAAGCAAUAUGUACUCCAAAACGCUGUUCAUCGCAAGUGCAUGUUGGUCUAUCUUGGGAAUUUCCAUCAUAGUUAGGCUAGAUCUUCUUUUCAAAUAUAUCUCGGCAUUACGAAAUUAUUAUAAUAA